UAUAUGAAUCCAAACUGUUCUUCCCAUUUCAACAGUUUGACAGAGAAGCAACAACAAAGAUUUUCUUAUUUGUUGAAAUCGAGAUCCGAAGGAGGUGCAAUGAAGAAGCUUGUACUCUUGAUAGCACUGUUGAGGGGCUGCUUGGGCUCUCCUGAAGAUCUACAAGGGAAAGUCUUCAGCUUUCCGGAGGAUUCUGACACUGCCUAUGUAAAGCUCACAACUGAUAAAGAGGAGCCACUCCAAGCUGUGACCGUCUGCCUACGAUACAUCUCUGACCUGACUCGUCCACUGACCCUCUUUUCUCUCGCCACACCAUCUGAAGACAACGCCUUUCUCCUCUUUAAACAGAAGCCAGGUCUUUACCAACCACACGUUGGUCAGAAAGUGAUUGAUUUUACAGAGGUAUUGGAAGAGAAGGGCCUACCGGGCUGGGUUCAUGUGUGUGUGACCUGGGAGUCGAGUAGCGGGAUAGCCCAGCUAUGGAUCAAUGGGAAAGGAAGUGUGAGGAAAGGGCUAAACAGAGGUAGAUCGCUUCAGGGAAAGCCCAGUGUUGUACUCGGUCAAGAACAGGAUAGUUAUGGAGGUAAAUUUGACAAGUCACAGUCGUUUGUCGGUCAGAUAUCAGAUUUGCACAUGUGGGACCGUGCACUGUCUCCUUGUGAAAUAUGUGCUGCUAAUGAAGGCUCUUACUUUCAGCCAGGUAAUGUGUUAAACUGGGCGGCAUUACAGUACACCAUGGAUGGGUAUGUGCUGCUGGAAAAAAUGGUGCCAACCUACAACAGCUGUAAUAACAAUAACAACAACAACAGAGAGACGACGUGUUGAAAUACAGGCUGUUAACAAAGGCUCUGUCUUUUUGAGCCAAGUCAUUUUCAAACCACAUCACUGCAGAAAUUUUCAGAGGCAGACCCAGUGGUUGAAACUGACAUUUUUGCUCAAAUAUAUUAAGCAUGAUACAUAAUAAAAUGAAAAAAAAAAUUCUAGACACACAUAAGAAAUAUAAUAUUAAGAAAAUGUAGCUGACGUUUCGUUACAAGCAAAAUGAUAUUGACUGCAUGCGCUUUUCAUAUAAUUUGCUGUCUGAAGUGGACUUUAAGAUCCAUUGAACCGUUUCUAUUGUCUAUAAAAAAGUUUCUGGCUGUUCAUCUUCAAUAGCAAUGCAAUGGUUCUGUACAAAGGGGCAAUGGCACCUCAACGGAAGAUAUCUGUAGGUAUGAGACAAUGGUACGAGCCAUUGAUUCCACAGUGGUAGCAUUUUACUAUGUUAACAGACCAAUGAAAUUUCAGAUCACAUUGAUAAUCCCUCUGCACCAGUAUGCCAGAGUAUCAGGACUCCUCUGCUAUACUUUGUUUAAAUCCCAGUGAGGUCUAUUUUAAUAAUCUAAACACUGGCAAAUCUAAAUAGUGCCUCUAUUCAACUCUAUAUCACCAGCUGGUUUCCCCACAGGGGGGGGAUUUCAAACCCCCUUAUUGUAUUACCUUUACUGCAUACAGUGAAAUAACAUUGGUUUAGAUCACUGCUGAUAAUGCUACUGUCUGCUAAUGUUUCUGCUAGGGGUUUGUGCUGGGAUUAUACAUUUCUGAGAUCCCAAUAUGCAUGUUUUAAUUGCAAGAAUCUAAUUGCAUUGACUUCAUGUACAACCAUUUUUUGUUUUUGUUUAUUAAAGAAACUGUAAAAACAAUAAAGUCUGUAAGAAUUGUU